CAGCGAAACAAGCGGUGAUUUUAGCCCCAGGUGUUAGCUUAACUCGCGGAAGGGGUUCAGUCAGCCAGACUCGCGCAGAAUGGAGGGGCAACGCCGCCGUCGCCGUGCCGUUGUUUGCUGUACGUGCCGCCGCACAGGGAGACGUCAUUUUGAGGGGGAGCGGAGAGUUAAAAUGCAGAGUUACGAGGGGACGUACGGUUCAUAGACAAGCGGCACGUAGUCGCCACACUUUAAAUGCAAAGGCUUACCCGUGUCGGACGGUGAAGUUUCUCAGUAUUAUCCAGGUUCCUACACACGAAACGAUGCUCUAGCAUUAGCUGUAAUGGCUACCAUCAAGCCGAGACUAUGUAGCUCGGUGGUUCUGAUCAGCGAGUCAUAUUUGGGUCUGCUUCGAGGUGAUUGAUGACAGUCUACACAACCUCAGAAGAUAUACGUCCUAAUAUUUAACGAGAUCGGGCCUAUUUGGGUGUAGCGUGGACAUAAAGAUUGUACCAAAGUAGUCAGUUUCCCCACACUUGCAGCUAAACUGCUGUUUUCCAACCCCACCUCCCCGGUGCGCGUGGGGAAACCCACUGCGUUCAAACUGAAUAGUUAAAGUUUGAUGGGUUGGAUUAAACACUGUGCAUGGGCAUUUAACGUCUAGUCCUGUGGUUUAAACAGCCUUUAGAUGGACAAUACGAAACAAAUGACUCAGUAAAAACAAGCUGUUAGUAUCUAAAGUCAUGGCCUGAUUUUGGGUCAACCAAACCGUCUGGAUAGAUAAAACCCAACCGUCACAAGUUCCACCGUCUGAAGAAACGUUUUAUGGAAAAAUAAGCGCGAGUGGAGGAGUCAAGAGGAGGUUUUCUAGACCAACUGUCUUGCAUGGCAGUGGCAGUAUUAUGCUGUGGGGUUGUGGCACUAAACAAAGUUGGUGGAAUAACCAAGAAGCAGGACUACCUCUAAAUUCCUAUGUGUGAGUCUGUGUAGAUGAGGAGAGACCAGUUUGUGCAUGAACUCUUGUUUUAAAGAAUCAUUGGAGGUGUUUCCUCCUGCCCUUGAAAAAGAGGAGCUCAAAUCCAAUAAAUAAAUGCCCCAUAUUUCUAUGCCCUAAUGGCCAUGAGAGUAAACAUUCAAUCACAGAUGUAUGCUUCAACUUACUAACAAAGCUACUAGAUGUGACAAGCAUACUAAAUUAUUCAACUUGAUUUUUAGGUAUGACUAUCAGGUUUGUUGAAUUAUGUUGCAUGAUAAUUCUUGGGAGUUUAAACCACUGUUAUGUUAAUUUAGCUGGAAAUGACACAUUGGUUUAAAGGUUUUUACAGACAAAGGACUCUGUAGAGCCGACAGUUACAGCGGCAGGUCUGUUGAGUUAGGUCUCUAUCAGCUUUGCAAAUACUGUCUUUGUUAAACAGUUUAAGCUUGGACUGGAUAGAGAGCAACAAUGAACAUAAAUGUUCAAGCCUUUAUACAGAUUCUCAGUUUAAUUUAGGUCUGGAUUCAAUGAAACUUUAACACAUGCUUUAAACUAAACCAUUCCACUGUAGCUUGUGCAUAAUUGAGGAAAGUUUGCUCCUGUUCUGUUUCUGGCCUCAGCGGUUUGUUGGAUAACAAACAGCAUCACGGAGACCAAGGAACACCGCAGACAGGUCAGGGAGAACGUUAAAGAGCAGGAAAAACAGAGUUAGCUUCUAAAACAAUAUCCCAAGGUUUGAACAUCUCACAGAGCUCUGUUCAAUCCACCAUCUGAACAUGGAAAGAGGAUGGACCAACUGCAGACCUACCAAGACAUGGACGUCCACCUAAACUGUCAGCAGAGCAUGGAUCAGAAUGACAGCCAAGAGGACCAUGAUGUUGCAUGAAUGCUGCCACCCACUCUAGUGCUCUGUUGUGAGAGUGAUGGCAAACACCAAUGAGGUGACGGUCUCUGUGGGAGACAUGGUGAUGGUGAAGACUGAGGAUGAAGGUGAUUCAGAUGACCCCAAUAAGACUCAGGUCAUCCUGCAGCUCCAACCUAUCAGCACUGGAGAUGAGUCAGCCGAAACCGAUGCAGCUGUUAUGGCUGUUGAAGAUCAAUCGGAGCAAACAGAGGGGGAAGAUGUUGAAAUUGGCUGUCCUAUAACAUGUGGCGACUGUAAAGCUGUGUUGCUUGUGAAAAAAUUUGUGUGCCCUGGGAUCAACGUGAAAUGUGUAAAGUAUGAAGACCAGCUGAUCAGUCCAAAGCAGUUUGUGCAUCUGUCUGGAAAAGCCACUCUGAAAGACUGGAAGAGAGCCAUCAGGAUGGGGGGAGUCAUGUUAAGGAAAAUGAUGGAUUCAGGUCAACUGGACUUCUAUCAGCACAGCACACUGUGUACCAACACGUGCCGCAGCACCAAGUUUGACCUAUUAAUCAACAAUACUCGCUUCCCUCCGGACAGUACCGGCCUUAUUACACCCACAUCCUCUCAGGUUCAGGCGGUCCAGGGUAACGGCGGGACGGUGGCCGAGGACCGUGCCGAGAUCCUGGGCAGGAAGUUGGACUGGAGCUCGUGCUCAAUGGAGUCUGGAGAUACGAAGGGAUCCAAUGAGAUCUCAGAGGACACGCUGAAUUUUUGGAAGGGCAUUGCUGAUGUGGGGCUGCUGGGAGAAGUGGUGACCAACAUCAACACAGAGCUGGUGCAGAUGCUGGACGGUGUGCUCCAACGUAGAGAGCAGACAGCCUUACAGGACACAGAUUCCUGUCUGGUAGAGGUGGCUGUGCUCAGUAACCUUGCCCAAGUCUUCGGCUUGCUGGACUCCGUCAAGAAGAUUCUGGAGAAGAGGAAACAGCAGAUAGAUCCCAGCCAGGAGCAGAUCCUCAGCACCCUCGCCAACCUGGAAGCUCAGUUGGAAGAACAAAAACAGCAGCAGCAGGUGCGAGCCCUCCUCUCCUCUCCUCAGGUGGCCAAAAACAAAACUAAGCGGCCAACUAAGCGGCCCCGCCUCCAGAGGCCCGCUUCCACCACCACCCUCCUUACGUCCCCCAUCAGCCAGCAGGCCACCCUGCAGCCCCAGCAGUUCACUGUACUGUCCCCCAUCUCGCUGUCCUCGGUGGGGCAGCCGUUCACCAUGGCAGGGCUGCCCAUCGCCUCCUUAGCCCAGUCCUCCAACACAGUCACCCUACUCCCUGCUGGCUCCCAGCUUUUCACUCGUUACAUGGUUGCCGGAGAUGGAAAGGGAGAUAGCAUCACUUUGCACCCUUCCUCUGGCCUUACGUUGGUGGGUACCACUGCCGUUCAGGACUCCAGCCAGCUAGGUACGGUGGUGAGCCCUGUGGAGCUGGUGCACCUGAGCCAGCAUGCCAGUGGUGCGGAGAUGGUCCCCAUUGAAGGCCAAAUGGUGGACGGCACCAUGCUGGUGCAGCAGGAGGUGAUGCAAGGGGAGAUGGAAACCGGCCAGGAACACACGGUCAUCGAGAUCAACCCCUCUCCUGUUGAGCAAACGGUGGGGAUGAUGGAGCUGCAGUUGGCCGAGGAGCCGGGCAGAGAUGCCACUGGCAUGGUGGUCCAGAGUGCCAUUGAAGUAACCAUGGCGUCAGAGGCAGAGGACACGCAGUGCCAAAUGCAGCAGCCGCAGACUGAGGGGGUUGAGGGGCUACAGCUGGAUGCUAGCGGACAGUUAUCAAGUGUGCAGAUCGUAGUAAUAGAGGAAAAUACUCAGGAUGAAAACAAGGCCACAUAAGACCAGCACGGGUUCUCUCCAGCAACACAGCAGACCACUCUCACUGCUGUGUGUUUGUAACUCUGCAGCUGAUUUUAAUUUCACACACAAGUUUCACAGCAAAGAAGGAGCUGAAUAUUUGGGCUUGUUCAGCAUCUAAAGGAAAAGUCUGGCUCAGCACAACUUGGUUCUGAUGUUUGUAACUUUGGGCGUAACAAAGACGAGCCAACAGAUUGUUGAAUCCUCUGGAGGGCUGUUGGUUUGACUGGUCAGAUCUCCACACAUACCAUCAAUCAGCCUCUGUGCUUUGUAGAUGUUAGAGCUCCCAAUUCUCUCCAGUUAUACUGCAUGGAACAGUAAUGUCUAAAACACUUUAUUGGUUUAUUGCAAAUAAAUGAUGAGAUGGUCUAAAAUAUAAUAAGGAAGCACCCAGAAAGAACAAUUCCUUCCACAGUGAUAUUGUAAGGAACUGCUGCAUCCAGGGAAGGUACCAGAGGGCAGAAGUGGUGCAUCCUGAGUGGAGCAGCCAGGUUAUCUGGCAGGAGCUGAAGCACCUGACUGUGGGACACUGAGGAUGCUCCAUACACAUAUCAGACAGCGUGUAUUAGAGGGAGCUUCAUACAUGUGACAAUCAGUUUUUUCUUGAGGGUGGAUGUUCAUACAGGGCCUUUGCCCCGUUAGACUGACACCACCUGUGUGGGCUUCAAUAUAUCUGUUUGCCCUAAGAUCCGGGCAACUGUACAAGGGUCAGGAUUAGAGUAGGUCACCUGACUGUCCGACGCUUCAGCAGCCCCUACCGCUCCACCACUGAUGCAACCACCCGUUCCUUCUGGUGGUCGUGUUCCACAUACUAGCACCACCUACACACCCGUCAGAGAUCUGCAUGUCUACCAAAUUGCGUCCAAACCAGACUAUUCCGUCUUGUUGCCUGACUGCAUCUGUACUGUUUCAUCAGUGCGAUUAAAUUCUCUGUGGUGUCGUUUGCUAAUUUAUUCCAGAUUUAUUACUGGUCAAAAACUAAGAAGAGCACAAAGUUGUACUGAGUCAGUUUUUUCCUUCAAGACCCUGUGAACAAACAGAAGCUAAAAGAUGAAUCUGUAAAUGUAAAUUCAUUGUACAGGGCCGGAUGCAUCUCCCUCUGUUCUUCAUAGGAAUCUUUACCAAGAAGUGUUGUCGUUGAUGAACCGCUUUGUUUCAUGUGUUUUUCAGCCAGGUUCAGUCGUUUUUGCACUGUGUGACGACUUUGAAGGACUUCUAGACGACGUAGACAUUUCUUUAGAAUGUGGCCCUGCUGCUGCUGGGCAUCUCAAGUGUUUUUGUUUCUGCACAGAUUUAUCUCCUCACUGGGCCUGCACUGGUUUUCCUCACCUGCCUUUUUUCGGUAUGAUGAAUUGUCUAUGUAAGGAACUGAAAGAACGUACCUGCAAGAUGUCCCAUUUGCCUGUAAAUUCCUGAUAUAUUUAUUAGUUUUCAAGCUGUAGAGGUUUGGCCUGUUUGAAGUGCAGAUGUGGAUGAAUUAAUUAAGUUCUUUGCUACAGCUCGCACCAACAAACAUCUGUUCAGUAAUUUAAUUUAACAAAUGAGAGCAUUUCCAAACUGAAUUUGUAAUGUGUUUUAAUAUCAGAUUAAAAGAUACAAGCUGAA